AUGUUUGAAGCUAAAUUACAAUAAGGUGUUAUUUUCAAAAAAAUCGUCGAUGCUAUCAAGGAUUUAGUUAAAUCAGUUAAUAUCGAUGCUAGCACUAGUGGUCUUUCCAUGCAAGCUAUGGAUUCAGCUCACGUUGCUUUGGUUUCCCUCAAGUUAAAUGAAAAUGGUUUCAAGGAUUAUAGAUGUGACAGACCAAUCACUCUUGGUCUUUCUAUUGAAAACCUUUCCAAGAUCCUCAAGUGUGCUGGAAAUGAUGACACUAUUACCUUAUAAACUGAUGAAGAAGAACCUUCUUCCCUUAAAUUCUUCUUUGAAAAUUAAUAGGCCUCUAAGAUCUCCGAAUUUAGUUUGAACUUAAUGUCAUUAGAUAGUGAAUCUUUGGGUAUCCCCGACACCGAUUAUUCUUCUGUUAUUCAAAUGUCCUCAGCUGAAUUCUCUAGAAUCUGCAAGGAACUUAGUUCUAUUUCUGAAACAGUUGAAAUUGAAACUAGCAAAGAAUCUGUUAAGUUUAGCGUUUAAGGAGAUAUUGGUGCUGGUUCAAUCACUGUCAAGAAUAACUAAAGUGAUAAAGAUGUUGACCGUGUUGAUUUACAAAUUGAUUAACCCGUUAAGUUAACCUUCGCUCUUAGAUAUUUGAAUAUGUUCAAUAAGGCUGUCUCUCUUAGCAGUACUGUUAGUUUAAAUAUGUCUGAAGAAAAUCCUCUUAUGGUUGAAUAUAAAAUCGAUGAUCUUGGUUCUCUUAGAUUCUAUCUUGCUCCUAAGAUUUCUGAUGAAGAAAGUAGUUGA